AGUGAUAUGUACAUAUAUGUAGCAACCGCCUGUCAUUUCUCAUCUCGCGCAACCUCUGGAUUUUCAUCAAUUUUCCUGCUGAAAUAUGGAUGCUGAUUUUGCGGAAGCACUCCAGGUUGUUGGAUACACCGGAAACAGCAGUGCGGUGUUCCAGGAAAAGAACCUAAAUGCGGAGGCGCGGGCUGUUCUUGUGUGGCUCACGAAUGAAAUUCGUGUUUUGGGGAACAUCGAUGAACAGCUGGUCGAUGAUGGGGAUUUGGAUUCAUUCCGGAUGACACUUUCGAGUUUCCUCAAGGAGAUGAAGUGCCCUUUCAGUAGCCUCACGGAUGGCAUGAAUAAGAAUCGUUUUGACUCAAUGGAAUCUCUAAGUUUGCUUUUCAACUUCCUAAUCAACGAAUUAAUGGCAAUGAAGAUGGUCAAGGCAAAUCGGCCGAAAGAUACAAGCAAUGUGAUAACUCUCGAGGAAUCUCCCACAGCAGCAGCCCUGAAGGAACUUGCAAUGGGUUUGAGUAUGGGGAAGCCACCAGAGAAUUUCCCAUGCAAGGCUCUCUUCGAUAAGAUCGAUUCCCGGCUGGCCGAGGUGAUGCAGAAAGCCGGCGCAAAGCGCAUUGGGAAGCCUCUCUUUAAUCCCAGCAAAACUCUCACGGGAGAGCAGUGGCAGAAAUUGGUGAAACUCCAGCAGGAACUUGACUUAGAGUAUGACUUGAGGCGAAAGAUGCUCCUUACGCGACUUGACGUGACUGUUCAGUCGUUCCAGUGGUCAGAUCGCCUCAAGAGCAAAGGUGAUGAGAUCUACCAACGCUACAAUCUCAAGCGACAACAUCUCGAUACCCUCCAGACUGGGGGGAAGAAUACCACUAUAUCGGCACUCCUAGCAGCUCGCGAUCGUCUUGUUAUUAUUGAGAAAACCAGCAGUGCUGCUGUACGGAGGAAUACCCAGAGUAAGAUUCAGCGGCAUAUUAUUGGGCAGGUACCAGAUCGAGGUGGAAGGGCAUGGGAACAUGCUCCACCACCACCGGAAAUGCCUUCGUGGCAGAAAAAUCGAUCCACCGGUGGACCUGGUGGUGGUCGUGGUGGUGGAAGGGGAGGUGGGAGUGGGGGCAGAGGUGGCUUCCAGCAGAAUCAGGGCUACUCGAAUUAUCAGCAAUCGCAACAGCAAUACUCAAAUUAUCAGUCUCAGGGCAACCAGUACUACGAUAAUCGCUCCGACGGUGGCCAGCAUCGUGGCGGAAAUCAAGGUAGUCGCGUUCAAGGCGGCUGGUCUCAGAAAGGUUCUGAUAACUAUCGCCGUGAUAAUCGCGAUAGCUACAGCAAUCGCAACCAGCAGGACUACCAGGAUCAAGGCUAUAGAGGUCACGGGGGUCACAACAAUCAAGGGAACUAUAACCAGAAUCAGGGGGGGAACUACAACCAGUGGGGCGGCCAUAAUCAAGGAGGCCAUAAUAAUCAAGGUGGCGGCUACAACCAAGGAGGAGGCUACAAUCAAGGACGUUCCUCCAACUAUCGUGGCGGUCGUCGUUAAGUGCUUUCCAAGAAAAUUCUCAUAUAUCCAGAAAAAUCUCCUUAUGCAUCAGCUCUAAAAUCUCAAUUUUAUUUUAAUUUAUUUCCAUUUUGCUGUGUGUCCUUCACACUAAAUUCUUUUUUGCAUAAA